AUGUCGUCGUUUAGCCCCACGCAGAUCUUCGAGGAGGGGACCACAGAGGAAAAGGGUGAGAAUGCUCGCCUCAGCGCCUUUGUCGGCGCCAUCGCAGUUGGCGACUUGGUAAAGAGCACCCUCGGCCCGAAGGGCAUGGAUAAGAUUCUCCAGUCUGCUUCUACCAUGGAAAUCAUGGUAACAAACGACGGCGCCACGAUUCUCAAGGCCAUCGCCCUCGACAACGCUGCGGCAAAGGUCCUUGUCAACAUCUCAAAGGUUCAAGACGAUGAAGUGGGUGACGGGACCACAUCUGUGACCGUGCUUGCCGCCGAGCUGCUGCGCGAGGCGGAGCGCCUCGUCGACAAGAAGAUCCACCCUCAGACAAUUAUCGAAGGCUAUCGGAUAGCGAGCCAGGCAGCGCUGAAGGCCCUCGAGGCAUCCGCGGUGGACCAUAGCAACAACCCCGAGGCGUUCAAGCAGGACCUCCUCGCCAUCGCACGCACGACACUCAGCUCCAAGGUCCUCGCCCAGGACCGGGACCACUUUGCCAAGCUUGCUUGCGAUGCCGUGUUAAGAUUGAAGACGUCGUCAGACCUGAGCCACAUUCAGAUCAUCAAGAAGGCUGGCGGCAAGCUGAGCGAGUCUUACUUGGACGAGGGCUUUAUUCUUGACAAGAAGAUUGGUGUCAACCAGCCCAAGCGUCUGGAGAAGGCCAAGAUCCUCAUCGCCAACACGUCAAUGGAUACCGACAAGGUAAAGAUCUUUGGGGCACGGCUCAAGGUUACCUCGACGAGCAAGCUGGCAGACCUCGAAAAGGCCGAGAGAGAGAAGAUGAAGGCCAAGGUGGAGAAGAUCAAGGCACACGGCAUCAACUGCUUCAUCAACCGGCAGCUCAUCUACAACUGGCCAGAGCAGCUAUUCACAGACGCAGGCAUCAUGUCGAUCGAGCACGCCGACUUUGACGGCAUCGAGAGACUGGCGCUCGUGACCGGCGGUGAGAUCACUUCGACAUUUGACCACCCGGACCAGGUCAAGCUCGGCCACUGCGACAUAAUCGAAGAGGUCAUCAUUGGAGAGGACACCCUGAUCAAGUUCUCUGGCGUGGCCGCCGGAGAGGCUUGCACGAUUGUGCUCCGCGGAGCAUCAGAGCAGCUCCUGGACGAGGCGGAGCGGAGUCUGCACGACGCGCUUGCCGUUCUCUCACAGACGAUCAAGGAGCCGCGGACAACAUUAGGUGGCGGCUGUGCUGAAAUGGUGAUGGCGAAGGCUGUCGACGGUGCUGCCACUCGGGUCGAGGGCAAGCGGCAAACGGCGGUUGCUGCCUUUGCGACGGCGCUACGACAGCUUCCCACUAUCCUUGCGGACAACGCGGGUCUCGAUUCGGGAGAUCUAGUUGCCCGCCUCCGCAAGGCCAUCUAUGAUGGACUGACGACAUAUGGUCUGGAUCUGAUGACCCCGGGAGGUGGGAUCGCAGACAUGAGAGAGUUUGGAGUGAUUGAGAGCUACAAACUCAAGAAGGCCGUGGUUUCUUCGGCUAGUGAGGCUGCUGAGCUGCUGUUGCGCGUGGACGACAUAAUAAGAGCGGCACCUAGGAGACGGGAGCGGAACUGA